CGGGCAGGAUCUUGGGGGUCUGCUGGAAAGGCCGCGCAGCGAGUCUGGGGCUCGGCCCGGAGAGGGUCCUUCGUGGGGGAACCAAGUUCUGAGGGCUCAGGAGCCGGAGGCCGGGGAGUGAAUUCCGGGUUGAGUGGGCGGAAGGGAGCCUGGGUUGAGACAUGGCUACUGAUUACCAAGCAGGGCACAUGCAACUGCCCAGAGCUGAUGCCAUUCGUUCGCGUCUCAUCGAUACUUUCUCUCUCAUAGAGCAUUUGCAAGGCUUGAGCCAAGCUGUGCCUCGGCACACUCUCCGGGAGAUACUUGAUCCUUCCCUUCAGAAGAAACUUUUGCUGGGAGAUCAGCAUCAGCUAGUGCGAAUAUCCAUAAAGCCUCGACAUGUAGGACGAAUUUCACAUGCCCAGCGAAUGAUGAGCAGGUUGCGUGUGCGCUGCAGUCAGAGGCCACCUCUUUCCUUGUGGGCUGGAUGGGUUCUUGAGAGUUCUGUCUUCACAAAUUUCAUCAUCUUCCUCAUCUUCCUGAAUACAAUCGUACUAAUGGUUGAAAUAGAAUUGCUAGAAUCCACAAAUGCCAAACUGUGGUCAUUGAAGCUGAUUUUGGAGGUGGCAGCAUGGUUUAUCUUGUUUGUUUUCAUCUUAGAGAUCCUUCUAAUGUGGCUAUCAAGCUUUUUUCUUUUCUGGAAGAAUGCCUGGAAUGUAUUUGACUUUAUUGUUACCAUAUUGUCUUUGCUUCCUGAAAUUGUGGUGUUGGGAGGGGUAUCAGGUCAAUCUGUGUGGCUCCAGCUGCUGAGGAUCUGCCGGGUGCUGAGGUCUCUCAAACUCUUUGCACGAUUCCGUCAAAUUCGAGUUAUUAUUUUGGCCCUGGUGAGGGCCCUCAAGAGCAUGACCUUCCUCUUGAUGUUGCUGCUCAUCUUUUUCUACAUUUUUGCUGUGACUGGUGUCUACUUCUUUGAGGAUUACACCCGUUCAACUCGCCAGGACCUGGUGUACAACGUGUUCUUCUCGGACCUGUUGAAUUCCGUAGUGACAGUGUUCAUUCUCUUCACCUUGGAUCAUUGGUAUGCACUGCUUCAGGAUGUCUGGAAGGUUCCCGAAGUCAGCCAUGUAUUCAGCAGCAUCUAUGUCAUCCUUUGGUUAUUGCUUGGCUCCAUUAUCUUUAGAAAUAUCAUAGUAGCCAUGAUGGUUACUAAUUUCCAGAAUAUCCGGAAUGAGUUGAGCGAGGAAAUGACGCAUCUGGAGGUUCAGCACAAAGCUGACAUAUUCAAGCGGCAGAUUAUCCAGAGGAGACAAAACCUGUCCCCUGAAGCACUGAGGUCAUUCCAUAGCAAAAUACAUACCAGAAAAAUCAGUAAACAAAAGGUAUCUUCGGACUUUGAAACUUCUGAAGGGGAUCACAUAGAGACUGAAUCCAGUGUUGCUGCUGAAGAACCAGCAGAGACUGAGCGCCAUGCUGCUGAAGAUAUGGCAAAGGCUAAAUCAAAAACAAAGAAAUCUGUUCCCCGCAAAAAAGAGUACCCAUCUGCCUCCUCUGCCUCCUCUUCUUCUUCCUAUUAUUCUGUGUCUCCAGGAUUCAGAUAUUCUGAUAAUAUUGAUAAGUUGGACUGGGAGACUCUUGUGCACCAGAAUCUACCUGGGCUAAUGGAUAUGGAUCAGGAUGACCGUGUGGUUUGGCCCAGAGACUCACUCUUCCGAUAUUUUGAGUUGCUGGAAAAGCUUCAGUAUAACCUAGAAGAGCGUAAGAUAUUACAACAGUUUGCAGUGCAGGCAUUGAUGAGCUUUGAAGACAAGUAA